CUGCGUUGGACCAUGUGUUGCAGGUUCUCUUACAUCGACCCCCUUAGAGUCGCGCUGUAAGAAAGCACCCUUCUUCUCCUUCCUCUUUCUCUCCUCUCUGCAGCCCCAAAGCAGCAAACAUGCGUGAGUGCAUCUCUAUACACGUUGGCCAGGCUGGUGUGCAGAUCGGCAAUGCCUGCUGGGAACUGUAUUGUCUGGAACAUGGCAUCCAACCUGAUGGGCAGAUGCCCAGUGACAAGACCAUUGGAGGAGGGGACGACUCCUUCAACACCUUUUUCAGUGAAACUGGAGCAGGAAAGCAUGUCCCCAGGGCUGUCUUUGUAGACUUGGAACCCACUGUCAUUGAUGAGGUGCGCACUGGCACAUACCGCCAACUCUUCCACCCAGAGCAACUUAUCACUGGAAAGGAAGAUGCUGCCAAUAACUAUGCCCGUGGUCACUACACAAUUGGCAAGGAGAUCAUUGACCUGGUGCUGGACAGGAUCCGCAAACUGGCUGACCAGUGCACAGGUCUCCAGGGUUUCCUGGUCUUCCACAGCUUUGGUGGUGGUACUGGUUCUGGAUUCACCUCCCUGCUGAUGGAGCGUCUCUCUGUUGAUUAUGGAAAGAAGUCUAAACUAGAGUUCUCCAUCUAUCCAGCUCCUCAGGUCUCCACAGCUGUGGUUGAGCCCUACAACUCUAUACUCACCACUCACACCACCCUGGAGCACUCUGACUGUGCUUUCAUGGUAGACAAUGAGGCCAUUUAUGACAUCUGCCGCAGGAAUCUAGAUAUUGAACGCCCAACCUACACCAACCUGAACAGGCUUAUAGGCCAGAUUGUGUCUUCCAUCACAGCCUCUCUGAGGUUUGAUGGAGCCCUGAAUGUAGAUCUCACAGAGUUCCAGACCAACUUGGUGCCCUAUCCCCGUAUUCACUUCCCUCUUGCCACCUAUGCCCCUGUCAUCUCUGCAGAGAAGGCUUAUCACGAGCAGCUUUCUGUUGCUGAGAUCACAAAUGCCUGCUUUGAACCAGCUAACCAGAUGGUGAAAUGUGAUCCACGCCACGGUAAAUACAUGGCUUGUUGCCUGUUGUACCGUGGUGAUGUGGUACCCAAAGAUGUAAAUGCAGCUAUUGCCACCAUCAAGACAAAGCGUACCAUCCAGUUUGUGGAUUGGUGCCCAACUGGUUUCAAAGUUGGUAUCAACUAUCAGCCCCCAACUGUGGUUCCAGGGGGAGACCUGGCUAAGGUGCAGCGUGCUGUGUGUAUGCUGAGCAAUACCACUGCAAUUGCUGAGGCCUGGGCUCGUCUGGACCACAAGUUUGAUCUCAUGUAUGCCAAGCGUGCCUUCGUGCACUGGUAUGUGGGUGAGGGUAUGGAGGAGGGUGAGUUCUCUGAGGCCCGUGAAGACAUGGCUGCCCUGGAGAAGGAUUAUGAGGAGGUUGGUGUAGACUCUGUGGAAGGAGAGGGUGAAGAGGAAGGAGAAGAAUAUUAAAUGUCAAAACGGUGCUGCUUUUAACAGGGAACUUAAAACCAUCCAAAAAAUGCAAAAUGUUUGAUCAAGUUAUUUUUAUGUAGCUAAUUUCUAUGAUAUGUUUUUGCUGCAUUAAAAUGAUUUGGUCUAAAACACUUGAAACUCUUGAAACAGAUCCAGCCAUUUAUUUUUGUUGUGGAUUUGACAAUAAACACAUUCCCUGUCAUACAGAA